CUCCUCAGCGCUAGAUUCAAAGAGCAGAGCAAGAAAGGUGAACAAGAAUAAGGAAAAGCAAAGGAGAGAAAGAACUAAAUAGGAGAAGAAAAAUUCAUUAGAAUAAAAAGAUCCUUCUUCACUUUUACCUUCAAGCUUCAUCAGACGGCUUUCUGAAAGACUUUCAAAUCUUUAUUGUUAAUUGUUGCAGAAUUAAAUAAAGGAAAAAUGACGAGCAGCAGAGUCAUUGCCAUCUCUAUUGUGGUACUCCUGGCCUUCCUGGCCGCCAGUGAAGGGAUGACUCUGAGAAGUCUGGGAGUGGAGCUGCACUGCCGCUGCAUCGAGACAGAGAGCAAACCCAUCGGCCGUCACAUUGAGAAGGUGGAGCUGAUUCCAGCCAACUCUCACUGUGAAGAGACUGAGAUCAUUGCUACUCUGAAAAAGACAGGCCAAGAGGUUUGCCUUAACCCCAACGCUCCCUGGGUGAAGAAAGUGAUUAACAAGAUCAUGUCCAACAAACAACGCUGAACAGACUGGGAGAGAUCAGCCUAAAGACAAAUGAGAAGUUACAAAAAAGUAUUUGUUGUCAUCACAGUUACCUCCUUUUAACAACAAAGUGCCUCUGAAUGUCCAGAUCAGGUGUUAAAUGACAACAGAAUGUAGCCACUAAGGAUAUGUUUGCAUCAAACAUGUUAUUUAUUACCCAGUCUGGGAUUGUUUGUUUAAGAGUUGGCUGCAUAUCUGUUGUUUCCUAUAUAAAUUAUAUUUGUGAACAUAUUUAUUGAUGUAUUUAUGGAAUGUUAAUGUAUUUUCAGUUGUGUAGCUCUGCUAACAACCAAUUGAGUAAUUAAAUACUUAUAAAUGUAAUGAAA